CAAAUUUAGACCCUGCCAAGUUUUUUAUAUAAGUGCAUUCCUCUGCAUGCCAAACACAAGUUUUUGGGCUGGUAAAAUUCAUUCCAGGUAAAGCUUUUCAUCUUUCUCGAGCCAGGAUUUUCGCGUCUUUGCAAAUUGACUUCACGCGCUCGCGCGCGCGCACUGAUAUACCAUCUCUGGGACGAGAAGGUUGUCAUCGAUGAAAGGUCGAAAUUAGUUUGUUUGAGAAUUUUGUUCUUGGAUAUCAGUAUUCAUGGAUGACAUAUUUGAUUCCUCCCUUAACUUGGAAGAAACUCAUCUGAAGCAAGGCUACGACGAAGGCUACAAGGACGGUCUAAUCGCUGGCAAGGAUGAGGCAAAGCAAGUGGGUCUCAAAGUUGGGUUCGAGGUUGGCGAAGAGCUUGGGUUCUACAGGGGUUGUGUUGACGUUUGGAGCUCCGCUAUCCGGGUCGACCCGAACUGCUUCUCUGCGAGGGUUAAACUUACCAUCAAGCAGAUGGAUGAGUUGAUUGAGAAGUAUCCGGUCUUGGAUCCUGAAAACCUACAAGUACAAGAAAUCAUGAACAGUUUGAGGCUCAAGUUCAAGAUGGUUUGUUCUUCACUGCACGUGAAUCUCUGACAGGUAACAAUUGGAAAGAAAAUGUUGAAGAUGAUGCUCGCGUGCUGCAAGGUUUAUAUAUCAGAAAGCAGAAACAGGAGCGCACUGGAGGCUAUUGAACGAGCCGCGAAGCUUUUCCCUCGAGCUCCAAUAAUCAAUAAGUUUGAAGAUAUGGCUUACAAUAGAGUUGGUUACACUCUAGUUUCUGAGUUAUCUCCUUUACCGUCUUCUGAGCCAUGCCACUUGAAGAGUGCUGUGUCUGCCAUGGUGAAGGCUGCGUUUGACAGCAUUGACUUUGAGAUGCAUUGUGGAACUCAUCCAAGACUUGGAAUUGUUGACCACAUUUGUUGUCACCCGCUGGCAGAUGCUUCCUUGGACCAAGCCGCUGAGACUGCAAGACUUUUGGCUGGAGACGUGGGCUCCAGCUUGCAAGUUCCUACUUUUCUAUACGGUGCAGCACAUGAAAAGGGGAGGCCGCUUGAUUCAAUUAGAAGAGCUUUAGGAUAUUUCAAGCCGAAUUCCAGUGGAAACCAGUGGAUUGGAGGGCCAAAAUCAAAUUCCUUGACGCUGAAGCCAGAUAGUGGACCAUCUCAACUUUCUCCAUCAAAAGGUGUUGUGGUCAUUGGGGCAACCAAAUGGGUUGAUAACUAUAAUGUCCCUCUGCUAUCUUCUAAUAUCAGUGCUGUUCGUAGAAUUGCAAAAAGAGUUAGUGGGAGAGGUGGUGGACUUCCCACUGUACAGGCAAUGGCACUAGAACGUGGUAAAGGUGUCAUUGAGGUAGCCUGUAAUUUGUUGGAUCCAAGUAGAAUUGGGGGAGACAGAGUACAAGAAGAAGUUGAGAGCCUUGCUAGGGAAGAGGGUAUUUCUGUGGGGAAGGGCUACUUUACAGACUUCUCACAGGGAGAAAUAAUUCGAAGUUACUUGAAGUUAGGUCCAUUUGACUGAGGAGGGAACGAGAUGCCAAAGAACCCUUGUUUCUUGUAUACAGGAUUUGCCAAGGAUUUUUCAUGAUAAAAGACAACUUUUCUCACGUGUAGGAUAGAUCUGAGAUUUUGUGAAAUCAUUCUAGAAUUAUUGUAGUCCAAAUUAUGACAGGCUAUCCCCAUUCCGUCGAUCAUUCCAGUGAACACAGAAGUUAUUUAGACUAUUGGCUAGUUUGCAGCAUGUAAUUUCAUUGAGGUAAGACAUAUGGUUUUUUUUUUUUUUUGUGGGGGGGGGGGGGUAAAGAAGAUAUAUGGUAUUUAGAGGGUCGUUGAGAUGCAUCAUUUGCCUUCUUGUCCAUCUGAAUAAAAGAACAAAGUUCGAGAUGAGAUAUAUUGUGUAUAAAAGAUAUUGAAGAAUUCGGAUACGUAAAUUGCCUUCUUGACGUUUUGGAUAGGAGAAAAUA